AUACAAUGCUUUGUAUGUGUAUGUUACACAUCUUACACAAAAUAUAUGAAUCUCGGUCUUCUACCCUGGCACCGUUUACACGAGGUUCCAGCAUCCUUCUAUCAGCACAAACCCUUAUGCAUGCAAAGCUAUGGUCUCUCACGAUCACAGCUUGUGAUGUGUCAUCAGAACUUCGAUCACAUGCCCAUAGUCAGUAUUGGAGCUCGAAUAGGCAUUCUCCAAUGUGAAGACCAAUUCAGAUUUCGUCACUGGAAUUGCACAUCCGGCAAAGAUGCCUUCUCUAUUGGUACCCAUACUCGUCACGGUAUGUUCUUCAACCUCUACAUCUCACAAUUUUUGCCACUUGCAACAAUCACGCGUAAUUCGAAUAAAGCGAGCUUCGUUCAUGCAAUAGCCUCUGCGGGUGUAGUUCAUGCACUUGCUCGAAGCUGUAAAGAAGCUCGUCUUUCAAGUUGUGGAUGUAGUAAGGCUGAACGUCCACAACAGCUCCACCGAGAUUGGAUUUGGGGUGGCUGUGGUGACAAUAUCGAUUACGCUUACCGUUUCUCCAAAGCCUUUGUCGACAUGCGUGAAAAGGAGAAGAGCUUUCCCAGAAACUCUCUUGGCCUCGCGAGGAAACUCAUGAAUCUUCACAAUAACAGAGUUGGACGACUUGUAAUUGCGUGUAAAUGCCAUGGAAUGUCAGGGUCAUGCAGUUUACGGACAUGUUGGACCCAGUUAUCUCCCUUCCCUCGAGUGGGACAACGUCUACAAGAACGAUACGAAAGUGCAAUACGUGUGAAAUUUAAUCGUCGGGGAACUCAGUUAAGACGGGCGAAUCGUAAUCUUCGACAAAUUACUUCAGAUCAUCUCAUUUAUCUUGAGGAGUCACCCAACUUUUGUGCGGUUAAUCCAUUGACUGGAAAGACAAUAACGUCAGGCAGGGAGUGUCUCCUUGAUGGUCACUCAAGUGAAAGGUGUUCGCAUUUAUGCUGCGGACGAGGACAUCGAACAUUUACCCGAGAGGUACCUGACCGUUGUUUCUGCCAGUUCCACUGGUGCUGCUCCAUCGAAUGUCAGACGUGCAUCAGAAAAGAAGAAGUACACAUUUGCAAUUAA